AAGCGUUCCCAGAAAUCUCGCGAUGUUGCGGCUCUGGGUUUAGAAACUGUGGUUUAACUACCAACUAUUUUGAUUCAUUUUGCAGAAAGAACCAAACUAGCAUAUAUUUUUGCAAAAUACUUGUGUAAUAUGUCUGUGACGGAAAUGUUCAGCUACAUUCAGGCUUUUCUGAGUGCGGAUCAAGAAAUAAGAGCGGACGUUCUCUUGCAGGACAUAAGAAAAGUGGUACAGGUUCUGGAACAGACAGCGAGGGAGAUCCUGACCGUGCUCCAAAGUGUCCAUCAACCAUCUGGCUUCAAAGAGAUCCCCAGUAAGUGCGCAAAGGCCAAGGAACUGUUUUGUACAGUCAGGACGCAACUUGGAGAACUCAAAAACAAGUUCCCAGUGGAGCAGUACUACAGGUUCCACGAGCACUGGAGGUUUGUUCUGCAGCGCCUGGCCUUCCUGGCAGCGUUCGAGGUCUACCUGGAGAGUGCGUCUCUCAUGACACGCGAUGAAGUGGCACAAAUACUAGGAAUCGAGGUGGUGCGAAAGAAGGGAUUCCACCUGGAUGUUGAAGAUUACCUGGCAGGUGUGCUGAUCAUGGCUCGUGAACUGUCUCGCCUGGCGGUGAACAGCGUCACAGCAGGGGACUAUGGCCGCCCCCUCCGAAUCUCCAACGAGCUGGAUUCUGGCUUCCGACUGAUUAACCUCAAGAACGACCCCCUGAGGAAGCGCUACGGCGGCCUCAAGUACGACGUGGAGAAGAUAGAGGUGGUCUACGACCUGUCUAUCCGUGGCCUGACCAAGGGGCAGGAGGAAACAAGUAGAGCUGUUGGGUGUGGAGGUGUAGGGCUGGGGCUCUACCCUAGGCUGGCACCUGACCUCUCCAUAACUGGGACUGUGGAGUCUUGACCUGCUGAAUGGCAGGAAUAGGAGGUCUGUGGCCCCAGUAGCCUAGGACAGACUUGUGCAUGUGAUGAAUGACAGUCUUGUCAGUGGGGUUUGAAAGCCUUUGAUAUAGAGGCACAGUUUGAAGGGGAGGAGUUGUUCCAGUUUGAUUACUGGUGUUUGGAAAUGUUCACUGUAAUAUCCAACAUCAUACUGUAAUAUGCCUGUUAUUAUAUUUCAGUGGUUUUUGCUGUUCAUACAUUUUGAACUGAUGUUUUGUACUGGUAUGAAUUAUUGUUGUUAAUUUCAUUUAAGGGGGGUGAUGACUGGGUGUAAACCUCCACCCAGAAGAAAAGAGAGUGUUAACUACCAUGUUUAAGAAGCGCUUAUUUUGUUUUAGUUCACGUGCAAAUAAAUAAUGAUUUUGUGCCA